GCUUAGGAUUGGUGUUUUCCGUAAUGAAUGACACCCACAAAUGUUAAUUUUGUCUUUUUUUUUUGAGGUGAUUUGUAUGAGUAUUCAAGAAAUUUUAAUAAGUGCAGGACAUUUCCAGGAAUUUUUCGUACAUAUUUUUCAAUUAAUAAAUACACAUAGAAUUAGCGAGGGGCCUAUGAAAGGCGGGGCCCAUUGUGACCGCAUAGGUUGCAGUGGCCUAAGACCGGCCCUGCCCGGGACCAUCAAGACAACCAAACGACAGUACAGCACGCAUACUGCACAUGCAGACAGACUAAAAAAAAAAACAUUACACUGGCAAGUCUCCAUUUUUUUUUUCACUCGUCAAAGUCGUUUGAUGCAUGUAAAGAAAGUCAUCGUUGUUUGUCUUGAUUAUUGGAAAUGCCAAAAGAAGGAAAACUUGGAGAUAGUCAUCUGUGUACCCACCAAUUUCAUCUACUCUGUAAACUUGUGUUAGCGUCUCUAGUCAAUACAAGAUGAUCUUCCCGCGCCUGUGAUUGUUGUUGUUAAGGAAAGCCAUUAUUGAUGGAAGGGGAAGACACCCGUCCCCAAUUAUCGAUCGGUAGCAGACGGGAACGUCAAGCAAUCGGUAUUGUCUCCCUUUCGACCCUUGCCGGUUGUACGCUUUCCAAAUGUGUUCGUUUGACUCGACCCUAGACAGCAGCACUGGCCAUCGUGGUGAAUUGAAGGAACUAAACAUGUCUGCGUGUGAGCAGACGACAGAGAACUGUGAACUCAAGGCUUGGCAGCCAUUACUGUUGUCUCAGAUGCUACUUAAAGGACGGUCGCCGGAAGAAGUUCUGCUAGCUAGCAAAGUGAACCUUCCAGGCGUGGACCGGGUCAGUUAUUCUGGCUACAUCACAGUCGAUCAACAUUACGAUAGCAAUCUGUUCUUUUGGUUUUUUCCCGCUUCUGAGAUUUUACCAGAAGAUUCUCCAUUGCUCAUUUAUUUAAAUGGAGGUCCAGGAAACUCUUCAAUGAUUGGUCUGUUUGAAGAAGUUGGCCCACUUUUCGUUAAUGAAGAUGGACAAGUUACUGAGCGGCCAGUUCACUGGACCAAGACAUUUUCUGUGGUCUUCAUUGAUAACCCUGUCAAUGUUGGCUUUAGUUAUUGCCAACCUGGAGGAGAAUCCAAAACAAAUCAAGAUGUUGCAGAUAAUCUCUAUAUCUUUCUAAGCCAGUUCCUACAACUGUACCCCGACUAUCAACAAAAUGAUCUCUACAUAGGUGGUCAGUCCUAUGCAGGGAAAUAUGUGCCAGCGUUUGUUUACAAGAUUCACACAGAGAUGACAACCUCAGAGCCAGUUGUGUCUAUCAAUCUCCGAGGCAUUUAUAUAGGUGGGGGUCUAUGUGAUCCAGCCAAGAUGCUGCCAUUGUUUCCGGAACUUCUUGUCGCCAUGGGGAUGAUAAGUGCGAAAAAAGGAAAAGAUAUCACAGAUAAAAUCAAAUAUGCUAAAGAUAAACACAAUCACUUAGGAAAACAUCUGGAGGCUAUUAUGGAUAUCCUUGAAAAUGUCUUUAUCACGCCGCAAAAAACUUUAGGCUACAGAGAAAUGGACAACUUACUGACAACAAAGGAAUACAAAUGGCAUUUUCAAAACUAUUUAAACCAAAGACAUGUCCAGCAAGCCAUCCAUGCAAGACCAACUGAGUACACAAUGUUCACAGAUCAUGUCAUAAAGUCUAUGGCAGCUGAUUUCUUGACGGGAGUCUCUGUGGAACUAGAAACUAUUCUUCACUUGUAUAAGGUUUUAAUCUUCAAUGGACAAAUGGACAUGGUGGUCAGUGUCCCAAUGGCUGAAGCAUUCCUACAAGAUCUGGACUGGUCUGGUAAGGAGGAGUAUCUAGAUGGGGAUAAAGUGACCUGGUUGGAUGACCAAGGAGAUGUUGCUGGCUAUGUGACUCAAGUCAAAAAUUUAACUAGGGUUAUUGUAAGGAACGCAGGCCACAGGGCAGCUAUUGACAAACCAGACUGGGUUCUGAACAUGAUGACUCAUUUCAUCAGUGAUAACAGUUUCUAGAGAUUCAAAGGAAUAAACCACACUCAUUUGAGACAUUAACAGUUUUUGUAAACUGUUUAAAACCAUGCAAAUGUCAAUGUUUUGAACACUGCUAUUAACUUCAUCAAAGCUCUGGACAUAGACACACUGUCAUUGACAUCAAAUACACAGUCAACAUGAAGAAUAAAUAAACGAUGGCGUCCCAAGGCUGGUUAGAAAAAUGAUUGAGUUGAUAUUGAAUAAUCACCUUCACCUGUCCCUUAAUAUUUUGAACCAUUGGGGCGAGACAAACAAAAAAGUAGAAUUCUAUGUUUCAAUGUUUCAGUCCACAACUUCUUACUGUGAGCACACCAUGUUGCUAUUUCAGUGUUAGAAAUUUAGAAAAUACACUCUAGGUCUUAACACACACACACAAAACGGAGAACCAACUUCAUUGCACUAAAUUGUAUGUCUGUCUACAUUCUAUGUCAACCAUUGUAUGCACAGUAUUUAUAAAUUAUAACAUCAUCCAUAUGGUAAUUGUGAAUUAUUUUGUUGUUGUGUAUUUGGCUUAAGGCUGAAUAAAAAAAAAAAUAUUUUUGAAGCUAUUUUAUGGCAUAUGACAUAUUUUAUGUGCCAAAAAAACAGAAUGGCAUCUUUUAAGUUUGUUUGAUUAUAAGCAGAAAUGAGAAUAGCUACAAUCAAGGCUAAAAAUAGAUUCUGACCAUAUGACCCACUGCUCCAGUAUUAAAGAUUUGAAAAAUAAAAUUGUUUCAAAAUAAUUACAGACUUUAGCCUGCUGUGUAGGCUUGACUUUGUUGUAGUUGUACAGAUGUGACAUGACUUUAGUCUGCUGUGUAGGCUUGACUUUGUUGUAGCUGUACAGCUGUGACAUGACAUUAGCCUGCUGUGUAGGCUUGACUUUGUUGUAGCUGUACAGCUGUGACAUGACAUUAGCCUGCUGUGUAGGCUUGACUUUGUUGGAAAAUUUGUGUUAGUUUUGUUAGAAUUCAUUUGUCAUGCACAAUAAGAAAAUGUUUCUAUGAGAAGAUGUGUGUAGAGUUAAAUCUGACUCCAACUGGUUAACAAAUAGUAUGGUAUUAUAUUUUUAAUCUAAUUCAAUAGCAACAAAAAAAAAGUAUUUUAAAAAUAUUUUUCUUGUUAAUCUAAUUCAAUAACAUUAAAAAUUAGCAUGAGAACUAAUGUUAUAUUAAGCAUUGUUUGGGCUACUGUGUUGGGAUAUAUUUUCUCUCCAUCAAAUGUAACGCACAGACAUUAUAACGCACAUAACAUUUUUUCCUCCACUAUCAUUGAUUAAAGGUAAUUCUGACGUUUAGAUAGCAAUCCAAAUAUAAGAGAGAAAAAUGCUAGUUAAGUAGAACAUUAUAUGGUGCAUUCUUCAUUUAGCUUUGGACUCGAAGACAAGCCUUAUUAUUAUUAUUAUUGUAUGUUACUAGUAAAGAAAAGUUCUACUAAUGUUUAAAAUUCUGUCAAAUACACUUAAUUGGACCAAAUUCUUAUGUACAGAAAUAUUUUUGCAACAAAGAAAUUGUUUGUGUAAUUUGUUUGUUAUGACCAAAAAUGAUCACAUUUCAAUGUCCAUUGUGUUCUAAUUUACUGAAAUUUACUGUACUUGUAUGUCAAUUUAAUUGUAAAGCUUAGCGCUCCAUAUUAUUUAUGAUGACAAUCCUCAUUUUCAUGACCUUUCCAGCUUAAGAUUUGCAGAGGCAUUUAGCCAAAAUGUUGGAUUAGUUGCCAAUCUAGGUAAGUUUAGAUCACUCUUGAGAUUGAAAUAAUUCAAGACUUAAGAACUAAAAUUCAUGCAGCCCUUGACAAAAGUAAACUUUGUUAAUCUCAAUUUUUAGGAUGUGCUAAGUUUUAUGUGUAAAUAUCUUAGCAUAUAAAUAUCUUAAAUAUUUGUGUAUUAACUGUGUUUGUUGGAUUUAUUUUGUAAAGCAAUAAACUGGUGAAAAGUGAA